AUGCGGGCGCGCUCAGAGUCGCGACUCUAUAGGCAGACGCGCCUAUCCUUAGAAACCCGGUCUCAGGAUUCUACACAAAAUACACUCGAAGAAACUGCCAUCGACGAGGACAGGGUCCCAAAGGGCGAUGCCUCUAUUCCUGAACACAAGGCAAACCAGGCCUUGGAGAAGGAGCGCGACACAGAUGUUCCCGACUAUGAGGUGCGCUUUGACGCGGAUGACCCAGAUAAUCCGAAGAAUUGGUCUCUCGCCUACCGCUGGUACUUAACUAUGGUUGCUGGCCUGCUGGUCAUGAAUGCAACGUUCGCGAGCGCAGCGCCAACGGGCGUUGUGCCUAAUCUCAUCGAGUAUUUCAAGUUCAGCAAGGAGGUCGCGACUGCCACCAUAUCUCUAUUUGUCGCUGGCUAUUGUGUCGGUCCUUUGGUGUGGGGACCGCUGUCCGAGCAGAUUGGCCGACGCCCGAUAUUUAUCCUCACAUUCAUCGUCUACACGGGAUUUCAAGUCGGAUGUGCCCUCUCGCGGAACGUUGCGUCCAUCCUGAUCUUCCGCUUUCUUGGCGGUGUUUUCGCUGCAGCACCAUUAUCAAAUAGCGGAGCACUGAUGUCCGAUAUAUGGGACGCUGGGCGACGCGGAAAGGCCCUUGCGUUAUUUACCCUCGCACCUUUUGCGGGACCUGCAAUAGGGCCGCUCGUCAGCGGCUUUAUGGGUGUCUCGGGCGUUUCAUGGCGAUGGGUGUUUUGGGUGUUAACAAUUUUUGCGGGUACAUGUCUCGCGAUAAUCGUGCUGACUCUUCCUGAAACUUACGCUCCGGUCAUACUCGUGAGGAAGGCGCGUCGCAGACGCAAGGAGACCAGAGACGAUCACUAUUGGGCUCCUCUAGAAAAACGGGACAUGCCGUUAUUCCAACGAGUGAACAGCAUCGUGGCUCGCCCAUUCAUCAUGUUGGCCUGUGAACCGAUGCUACUGGCUGUGACGGUUUACAUGAGCUUUGUGUACGGUUGCAUCUACCUGCUCUUUGUUGCGUACCCGAUAGUUUUUACUAUCGGCCACCAUAUGAGCGAAGGCAUCACCGGACUCAUGUACCUUCCGAUCCUCAUCGGCGGAUGUCUCGGCGUCCUGUUGUAUCUCCUCAUCUUCAAUCCGCGGUACGAGCGCGAGAUGGCGCGCUACGCCCCACACCCAGUCCCCCCCGAAGCGCGGCUCGAGAUCUGCAAGUACGCCGCGCCGAUCUUUGCACUGUCGUUCUUCUGGUUUGCGUGGACAUCGUACCCAACCGUCUCGUACUGGGCGACGCUCUUCGCGGGGCUGCCCCUCACAUGUGCGACGGUGUGGGUCUUCCUCGGCCUGAACAACUACACUAUCGAUGCAUACCUCUUCUUCGCCGCGAGCGCGCUCUCGUGCGUCACCAUCGUGCGGUCGCUCUUCGGCGCGGCGUUCCCGCUGUUUGCGGCGCAGAUGUACGCCGCGCUGAACCCUCGGUGGGCGUCGACCCUUCUCGGGUGUCUCGCGCUGCUCAUGUGCCCUAUCCCUUUCGUGUUGUCGCAUUACGGGCCGAAGCUGAGGAUGCGCUCGCGCUUUGCACCGACGCUCCCCGCUCCCUCUCUCUCUCCGGUGGUGAUCAGGGAAGAUGAGCGAGUAUGA